UUGCAAUUGCCAGACACAGAAAGCUCAACAGCUCCACAGCAUACACAACCAAUACCUUUAGCCUUUCGGUGUGGAAACUCAAACCCAAGCACAAAAUGCGCGCUUUUCUGAUGAUUUGCUUGUUUGCCGUUGCCAGGGCCCAGUAUGAUUAUACACCAACUUCUCAUGCUGGCGAUGGUCGUGGUGGUCUCGUAGGCACAACUGGCUCCGUUGGGGAUGAGGGCCUUGUGCAGCAGGGUUCUGCCCAGCUGUCGGAGCCCAUUCUUAUUGCCAAUGAGUUCAACAAGGAGUUCUUUACGUACAGCGCCCCAGAGCAGGAGUUCGACAAUGGACAUGCCAACGAACAGAUUGCGAAUUCGUUGCGAAAGAAUCUGCGUGUGCUGUUCAUCAAGGGCCCUGAGAACACGGGUCUGGAGCAGGCUGCCCUGCAGUUAGCCUCAUCCGCUUCCGAUGAUCGCACUGCCAUCUAUGUACUCAACAAGCAGGCCGAUGUUGGCGAACUGACCAACAAGUUGAAUCAAAUCAAAUUGCAGUCGAACAACAAGCCCGAGGUGCACUUUGUCAAAUAUCGCACCCAGAGCGAUGCAGAGAAUGCUCAGCGUGUAAUUCAGGCUCAAUACGAUUCACUGCCCGGUCGCUCAAGCAAUCACAACGCCGACUCCUCGGCUCCAGUGCUUGACUUUGCCUCUAAGAGCAGCGGAGGCGCCAUUGGCGUCACUGGCGAUGCACAGGCACCAUCGACUAGCGCGUACUUGCCACCCAGCCGAAGGUUUUAAAUAUAAGAAUCUGUCCAAACUAGUUAUAAGACACUUAAAUAAUAAAAAUAGUUUA